ACACGUUACUCUCUCUCUCUCUCUCUCUCUCUCUCUCUCUCUCUCUCUCGUUGUGACACUGAACUACAUAUUUCUAUAUAUUGUAAUAACCAGUCAUAUAGAUAUUGCAAGAUAUAUAACAUAUUUAGAUCAACAAGAGUGUUCUUCAACCCUGACAUGGAGUUUGUGGGUACGAGAAAACUACAACAAAAUCCGCAACUGCAACUCCAACAACAGCAUUUUCAUGUAUUGGCAGUGGACGACAGUGUCAUUGAUAGGAAGCUUUUGGAGAGGCUCCUUAGAGGCUCUUCAUGCAAAGUUACCUGUGUGGACUCUGGAGAUAAGGCUUUGAAAUAUCUUGGUCUGAUUGAUGACCUUGAUAAUACUUCUUCAGCUUCUUUAGAAUCACCAAUUUCUCCUCAACAAGUUGAACAAGAGGGAAUCAAAGUGAAUUUGAUCAUGACAGAUUUCUGCAUGCCAGGGAUGAGUGGCUAUGAUUUGCUUAAACGAGUCAAGGGAUCUUCUUGGAAAGAUGUUCCUGUCGUGGUAAUGUCAUCAGAAAAUGUACCUUCCAGAAUCAGCAUGUGCUUGGAAGAAGGGGCAGAGAAGUUUCUAUUGAAGCCUUUGCAAUUGUCAGAUUUGGAGAAGCUUCAGCCAUACUUUCCCAAAUCCCUUGAUGAGUCUUGUGAUGAUGAUAUAUCUGCUAACAGUUCCAUAGGUUCUGACAUUGACAAGCUCAUCAACAACAACAAUAACAGUAACAAUAAUAGUUUAAUUACUAAAAGAAAGGCCAUGUCUCCUACCCCUCCUGAGAGAUCAAGACCCAAAAUGAAAGGGUUGGCGGUGGUGUAAAAAGAGAAGGCUAUAGAGAGUGAUUGAUGCAUGCAUAUUAUUUAGGUUAUGAUUGUGCUCCCUUCUAAUUAUGGUUUUCCCUCAACUCUAAAAGCUUAAUGAAUUACCAGUGAGUGCUAAUUAUUUAUUCA